CAAAGAUGUCAAUCACUCUAGAUGGUGAAUGGAGUGAACCAGCAUCUAACAAGAAAAAAGAUGUAGAAGCAGCUGAGAGAAGAAACCAGUUUGAGUUUGGUUUGUACGCCAACCCAAUCCUCAACGGCGACUGGCCUGAAGUGGUGAUCGACAGAAUCGCAGAAAGAUCUGCAUUGGAGAACUACUCCGAAUCUCGUCUACCGAUAUUCACUAGAGAAGAAAUUGACUACAUUAAUGGCACCUUCGAUUUUUUGGGCUUCAACACUUAUUGGACCCUCCUGGUAGCUGAUGCAAAGGAAGCAUCCAUCAAGAGCUCAAGUUACAAAAACGAUGUGAGAGCUGUGAUCACGAAAGAUCCCAAAUGGAAAUUGGGAUCGAACGGGAACACAAUUGUACCAUGGGGAGUAAGAAAGAUGCUGCAGUGGAUCCAGAAGACUUACAAUAACCCAGACAUUUUCAUAACAGAGUGUGGUGUGUCCGACGAUGGAACGUCCUUGGAUGAUGACGACAGGAUUAGUUUCUAUACAGAUUAUCUUGACGCCAUUCUUGAUGCAAUGUACAUAGAUGGAAUGCGAAUUUUUGGGUUCACUGCUUGGAGCUUGAUGGACAACUUCGAAUGGACUGGUGGUUACAGCUACCAUUUCGGUUUGUAUCAUGUGAACUUCAGUGACCCGCAAAGAACUAGGACCCCCAAAAAAUCUACAAUUUUUUUCAGGGAGCUGGCUAAGACUCAUAGAAUUCCUCAAGUGUGAGGUAGUCGUAGAGGACGACUACCAAAGCAUUAUGACUGCUUAAUUAAUUUUUUUGAUAUUUAAUUAUAGAAAAUUCAUCAACUUUCUGAAUUUUCAUUCUAUGUAUAUUGAUAUGUACGUUCGAGGAAAAAUAAAACCAUUCAUUUCCCGAA